AUGUCCGGUGAUGCAACAAGUAACGAAUGUGUCCCUGUGACAUUUUAUACUCUUCCGAAUACUUUAUCAAGUAUCUUCACCUUGUAUCUCACCCUACACGACAGAAAUAUUGGAGCCAAACUUCCAAACGACGAAACUAUUUUUGAACUCUUUGCUGAUAAGUCUAUUCGAAAUAAGUCCUUGCAUUUUGAUGAAUACCAACAGUUUCUAGUCGACUUUUAUGAAGAGGAAGUGGCAGCAAUGAUGAUGCCGAAUUCUGAGUUCAUCCAUGUGUUCAGUGAAGGGAUUCUACGAAUGUCAUCAGAAUCCUCCCUGGUACAGUAUUCCAUGUUGGCCUUGUCAUCACGUGUUCUAGAGCAGUUUUCUGACCAGUUUCAAGGUGAGUAUACGCUCGAUUACUAUACCAUUGCUUUGGAAGAACUAUCUACAGUGUUGAGAGGAGAAGACAAAACCUUAACUGAAGACGCUAGAAUGCAUAUCAUUGCCAGUGCUAUCAUGCUUGGAUACUUUGAAGUACUGAGUGUCGACCCUAGUGAGUUGGCAUCUAGAUUUUCCAAUUUCUUUGGUUUUUUGAAGAGUCUGAUCCCACUCAAACCAAAUUUUGCCGAAAUUGUGAUCAUUGAGAGUGCCAGAUUGCUUCAAAUCAUGACUUUCGAGUUCACCAAUAGUGUUUCUGUAUCUGAUGAAGAUUUUGCUACUCGCACGGUAAUGUCGCCAUACAGCCAAAUCGUCGGGAUUGUGAUUAAGGUAGAAAGGCAGAUCAAGUUGGGAUGCUCAGAAGAAUCCUGGAACCAACUGUGGAUGGAAUUAGCCCGGUGGAGAUCUAAUCUACCGGGGGAAUAUUCAUCUGCUAUUAAUGGCAGCAGGGAAUCGGUAUUUCUGAGUCAGCAGGUUCUGGGUUCCAUACUGUUGUACUUCAUGGCCCAAUUAUCAUUGAUACACCAGAAGCCCGUUGGAAUUCAAGUGAAAGAAACCUUGAAUGGUAUUUCUGAUGAGUCAAUUUGCAUUCUGCGGAAUUUCAUGAGUUGGAAGAACAGAUUUAGCGUCGGUAAUCUAUUUAUUGCAUUUCAUUGUAUCAAAAAACUAUUAGAUACGGUUAAGGAAAAGAAGGUACCUAUGAUUGAGAUUCUAAAGGAAACUGAGAAAUGGAGCCAUUUAGUCUUGCUCAGAUGGCUUCUUAAAGGGGCAUUAUUGGAGCAAGAUAAAGUUUAG